GGAUUGAGACAAGACGUAGUGGAUUGAAUCGCAUUAUUUUGGGCAAUAUUUAUCGCUUUCACCGGCGAACAAAUUACUCACAAUGUUGUCCAACGGCACACGCAAAGUUCUGACGGCCGUGGCUUGCCAACUUUCGCGUGCCACUAGUGUUACUACGCGAAAUUACGGUUCCGACAAAAAGUUCAGCAUCAAGGAUGAGAUACUCGAUGGCAGACCACUAUAUUUGGACGCCCAAGCCACGACGUCGUUGGAUCCUCGCGUGCUGGAUUCGAUGAUGCCGUACUUGACGGCCUAUUACGGUAAUCCACACUCGCGAACACAUGCCUACGGCUGGGAGUCGGAGGAAGCCGUCGAAAAGGCUCGAUCGCAGGUAGCCUCACUGAUCGGUGCCGAUCCGAAGGAGAUCGUUUUCACAUCCGGUGCAACAGAGUCGAACAACAUUUCAAUCAAAGGUGUCGCCCGGUUUUAUGGCGCAAAGAAGAAACAUGUCAUCACCACACAAACCGAGCACAAGUGCGUGCUGGAUUCGUGCCGGGCGCUCGAAGGGGAAGGCUUCCACGUGACCUACCUGCCGGUGGAAGCAAACGGAUUGAUCAACAUGGAACAGCUCGAGAAAGCGAUCACCCCCGAGACGUCGCUCGUGUCCGUGAUGACGGUGAACAACGAAAUUGGUGUGAAGCAACCGGUGGCCGAAAUCGGUCGGCUGUGUAAGAGCAAGAAGGUUUUCUUUCACACCGAUGCAGCCCAAGCCGUCGGCAAAAUUCCGCUCGACGUGAACAAAAUGAACAUCGAUCUGAUGUCCAUCUCCGGCCACAAGAUCUACGGUCCCAAGGGCGUCGGGGCACUGUACGUACGCAGAAGGCCGCGUGUACGCGUAGAGGCAAUCCAGAGCGGCGGUGGACAGGAAAGAGGAUUGCGCAGUGGUACCGUGCCCACGCCGCUUGCAGUCGGUUUGGGUGCAGCCUGUGAUAUCGCGAGCCACGAGAUGGAGUACGAUCUUAAAUGGACGGAGUUUCUCUCCAAGCGUCUGAUGGACAAAGUUUUUGCCGAGUUGCCACAAGUCAUCCGCAACGGUGACCCAGUGCAUUCGUAUCCCGGCUGCAUCAAUCUAUCGUUUGCCUACGUCGAGGGAGAGUCGCUUCUGAUGGCACUAAAGGAUGUGGCCCUGUCGAGUGGUUCGGCAUGUACCUCCGCCUCACUGGAACCAUCGUAUGUACUGCGCGCCAUCGGAACGGACGAAGAUUUGGCGCACAGUUCGAUUCGGUUCGGCAUCGGGCGCUUCACCACGGUCGAGGAAGUUGACUACACAGCGGAAAAGUGUAUUAAACACGUCACGAGACUUCGCGAGAUGUCGCCGCUGUGGGAAAUGGUGCAAGAAGGAGUGGAUCUGAAGAGUAUCAAGUGGUCACAGCAUUAGGGUGGCGAGGCGCGUUAAGUGACGCAAUAAUCCUACGAUCGUACCACCAAACUGAUUCGGAACGACACACACCCGGCGGCGCGUAGCGUUAGUGAGAACUGGAUUCUGCUUGUUCUUGUUUGUUGAUUUCAAACAAGUCUGUUAUGUGGACUUGAUCACAUUUUAUCUUCACAAAUUGUAUGUUUAGUAAUAAAAUUGCUUUUCAACCUUCA